CUUACCCCCAGCACCCAGUGGAUAUAUCUUUUUAAAAAAUUACACAUUUUGCUGUAGGACAUUCGUUUCGUUACUUUCACUUCAUUGCACUUGUCUUGUCUGUGUGUGUCUUUUUUAAUUUACUACUCUUAAAGUACUUUUAUCACCAGGUUCCGCUCGUUUACCUUCUGAUCUUAGAUCAAUAAUACCACCUACCAUUUCCUCGAGAUUUCAUUUGUUUGAUCAAAAAAAAUCAAAACACUAGAAAUAUAAUUAUAUUUCAAUAUAAUAUUAAUUAGAAACAAAGCAAAAGACAAAAAAACAUGUUGUUUAAGACUUUACUUUCUUCAGCUGCUUUAUUAGCUUCUUUAUCAACUACUGUUUCAGCAGAUUUACCUGCUAUUGAAAUUGUUGGUAAUAAAUUUUUUUAUUCCAAUAAUGGUUCUCAAUUUUAUAUGAAAGGGAUUGCUUAUCAACAAGAUACUGCCAAUACUACCAGUUUAUUCGUUGAUCCUUUAGCUGAUCCAGUUGGUUGUAAAAGAGAUAUUCCAUAUAUGGAAGAAUUACAAACCAAUGUAAUCAGAGUUUAUGCUUUAAAUGCCACUGAAGAUCAUACUGAAUGUAUGCAAUUAUUACAAGAUGCUGGUAUUUAUGUCAUUGCUGAUUUAUCUCAACCAGAUUUAUCUAUUAACAGAGACUCUCCAGCUUGGAAUGUCGAAUUAUUAGAAAGAUAUACUUCUGUUGUUGAUCAAUUCCACAACUAUACCAAUAUCUUAGGUUUCUUUGCUGGUAAUGAAGUCACCAACAAUGUUUCCAACACUGAUGCCUCUGCUUUUGUCAAAGCUGCUGUCAGAGAUACCAAGGCUUAUAUUAAAGCUCAAGGUUAUAGAGAUAUCCCAGUUGGUUACUCUGCCAAUGAUGAUAUUGAUAUCAGAGUUGAUUUAGCCGAUUAUUUUGCUUGUGGUAAUGAAACUGAAAGAGCUGACUUCUUCGGUAUUAAUAUGUACGAAUGGUGUGGUGAAUCAACCUUUAAAACUUCUGGUUACGCUAAUAUUACUGCCCAAUAUGCUAACUUAGGUAUUCCCGUUUUCUUCUCUGAAUAUGGUUGUAACUUAGUUCAACCAAGAAUUUUCCAAGAAGUUCCAACCCUUUAUGGUCCAGAUAUGACUGAUGUUUGGUCCGGUGGUAUUGUUUACAUGUAUUUCGAAGAAACUAACAAUUAUGGUUUAGUCACUAUUGAAGCUGAUGGAUCUGUUUCUACUUUAGCUGAUUUCAACAACUUAAAGUCUCAACUUGCCUCAGUUUCUCCUUCAAUUGCUGAAGCUUCUGAUGUAUCUUCUGUUACUCCAACCACUUGUCCAACCAUUGGUCCAGAUUGGGUUGCUUCAACCAACUUACCACCAACUCCAGAUGAAUCUGUUUGUGCUUGUAUGGUUGAUUCUUUAUCAUGUGUUGUUGCCUCUAACGUUAACCAAGAUGAUUAUGAAGAUUUAUUCAACUACGUUUGUUCUCAAAUUGAUUGUUCUGGUAUUAGUGCUAAUGCCACUUCUGGUGAAUAUGGUGUUUUCUCUCCAUGUAAACCAUCUGAUCAAUUAAGUUUCAUUCUUAACCUUUACUACUUAGAAAACAACAAGGCUGCUUAUGCUUGUUCUUUCUCUGGUUCAGCUACCAUUCAAAGUGCAACCACUGCUUCUUCUUGUACUGCUGUUUUAUCAGCUGCUGGUGCUUCUGGUUUAGGUUCAGUUUCUGUAACCUUCUCUUCAAAGUCUGGAUCUGGAUCUGCUUCUGGAUCAGGUUCUUCAGCUUCAGCUUCUUCUACUUCUUCUGGAUCAAGCAAAUCUUCCGAUUCACCAAAACAAUACGCAGUUUCUGCCAUUACUAAGGCUAUGCUUAUUGGUGCUACCGUUUUCUUCGGUAUGGGAUUGAUCUUUGUUUAAAUCAAUUAAGAUUCUCUCUUAUAUAUUUCCUCUAUUUGUUUGACAGUUUAUAAAUAUUAUAUAUGAUACUUGAUUUGACAUUAUAUAUAUCCUUUAGCAUUUUUAUAUCGAAAAACAAUACCAAUAAAUAUUUGUUGAUUUAAAUAACUAUAUAUAUAUAUAUAUAGAGAAACUUUACUGUUAAUGUACAAUAUACUUUUAAACUAUUUCAUUGUUUCAU